AUGAUUACUGCCCUACGAAACCCGAAGGGAACAACCAUUGCAUCGAGAAGGGAAAUGGAGAAAAUCAUCUACGACUUCUACUCUGAUCUCUUCUACAGCCAUGUCUACUUGCCUCCUUACCAUCUGAGGGAAGACGAAUAUGUCAUUCCAGAGAUUAUCCCAUCCGAAGUACGACAUGCUGUUAUGUCGGUAAGAAAUCGUAACGCACCCGGUAACGACAGAAUAAGACCAGAACACCUGAAGAACCUUCCGCCAGUACUCAACAACACCCUGACGAGGCUCUUUACACGUUACCUGUGCAAGGUUCCUAAACAGUGUAAGACCGUGUUGUUGUAUAAGAAGGGAAAUCCACAUGACAUCGGCAACUAUCGCCCAAUCUGCUUACUGUCCGUCAUCUACAAACUCUUUACAAGAGUGAUCUUCAAUAGGAUUGAAGAAGUCUUUGAUGAAGGACAGCCAUGCGAGCACGCAGGGUUUUGA